UGUGAUGUUGAUCUAAAUCUUUGUCCUCUAAAUUGAUUAUUGUUGAUUUACAAAGAGCAUAUUGAAUAACACCUAGUACAGCACCCGAAAGUACUCAACCGAUCUCAUCUCAUAGCUACAGCUCAUGACUAUUGUGUCUUCCCGAGUGAAUCAUCUUCUAUCCAAUUGUCCAAAGCAACAGAGAUUUUUCAUUAAGAGUUGAAAAAUCUCGGCUCCGACCGCAUUUAUAAAUGUCUCUACUUUCCCACUCUCCUGUACUUUAAAUAUUCUCAUUUCAGAGAGGAAGUCAGACUUACUUUAUUUUGAGACUUAUAACCUACCAUCCGCCACCCACCUCUCUUCUUUCUUUCUGGCUUUCUUCCUUUGCUCAUUGUCUUAUCUCUACCUCUACAAUACAACACAUUCUCUCUGUCCUUGCUCCUCUCAAUAAUAUCAACCUUCAUCAAACCUUCGCAGCCCUGGUCUACUUCUCCCAUUCAUUGCACCAUUGCACACCCAGAACAAUAUGUCGGCACUGAAUCCAUUUCCUCCUGAUGGGGAUGUUCUCAUCAUGUCACCCACAGGGAAAAAUUGGAAGCUACAUUCGUGGCAACUGGUCAACUACGCGCCAAAAAUCGGCGCCCUUCUCAAAAAUGUUGCACCAAGAAAUAUCACCAAAACUAUGCGCUCCGAAGCACACACUAUUAGAUGGUGGAUUGAGAUGAUACCGUUUGGUGCCUUUGACGACCAGCGAUUCAGAGAUUUUGUUUGCGUUCCAGAAAAAAAGAAAGGAAAGCUUAGCUUGAACGGCGCUGGUGCCUUUAAUGGCAUUGGCGAGGUGUCUUUCGAAAGAACCUACGACAACCUUUUCAGAAUGUUGUACAAUAUGCCCCCCAAUCUCACAGACGAUAUUGAUGACGGUGAUGCAAACAUGUACAUCACCGAUUGCGUUUCAAUCUUACAGGCCGCCGCCUUCAUAGACAGCUUGCCAAGUGUUCGCACAUACAUCGAAAGCUAUCUUCUGCGGAUCAACCAGAAGCUCUGGGUCCACAUUGCAAAGGCCCCCGAGGCAUGGUCCGACGUUGCUGUUCGUCUACAAUCGGCGAUCAUUUUUCGUGAAUCCAUCAUUCACAUCGCGGGCGGUCUCGAACUUCCAGGUCUCAUCAACAGAAGCAGUUUUGACAACAUUCAGCACGGAAAAAUCUGUCUUCAAGUAGCGGAACGUAAGUGUCGUGAGCUCAGAGAUAAGAAGAUUGACGUAGAGAGACGGCUCUUGCAAUACUAUCCGCAACGUCUAAUUCGGAGAGAAACUCCCGACAAGAUCCCAGGUCGUGCCGAUUAUGGUUCCGACAUCUACUACUGGCAGGCUCUAACAAUGUGUCGUCAGUUCUUUCAGUCUUCCAUUAUGGCGAACAGACAUCAUCGACACGAAGAUGGUGGCGUGGAGUUUUAUCGUACUAUCUUUCGCUGCGAUUAUAUCGAUAAACACGCCGCAAAUGAGUUCCAUCAACUUUUUGCCAUGUCGACCAAAGGAAAGCAGUGUCUCGCUGAUGCCGUUGAACUUAUCAAGGAUGACCAUCGUGUUAUCAUCGCCGAUCUCUUGGAAGAUCACCUUCAGCUUCGAACGACCGUAAGAAGCAAGCCUUUGAGGUAUCUAACUUGCGCCAGGGUCUUAGAGGAAGAGUUGCCUUGGAUUGCCAACCCCGGUUUGGGUGCAGGUUCUAUCCCAGGACAAAUCGAAGAUGAUGUCGCUAGUGACGGCUCUGCUAGCCCAGAGCAAGCUGCAGGGGAAGUCAUAAUCCAGGGUGGCGGUCUCGGUCGAGAGAAAGCGGCAGGAAAGAAGACUAGAACUGGCAAAGCUGUUGUGACCAGAGAUGAAAGAGAAGAUAGCGAAGAGGAAGGCCAGCAACAACAAAACAGUGACGAUAGUUCAGGAGAAGAAGAAGAAGAAGACGUUGACGAGGGCGAGUAUAUGGCCGGAGCAUAAACUCUUCUUUUUAGAUCUUCUUCAUGCGGUUGCGAUAAUCCUGGUUUAGCGUGGCAGGAGUUCAACCAUUUGUUUGCCAGUAUGUUUUGAGCCUUUGAUAGUAAUGAUUUCCCAAAACAAACGUGUUAUAAAAAGUUUGUCACGGGAUCGAUGUCUCUUUUUAAUUUGAACAAUCAAUACUUUCUGAUUGAUUAUUAGAUAGCUAUAGUUAGGAUGGCCUCUCAAUUUCCGAUUUCAAUUUAUGCAUUCAAACUUAGCGACUUACGAGCGCACCGGCGUCAGAUUCAUACCGCGAAGACCCUAAGUACAACUCACACGAGUUCCACUCGGAAACUGGGUUGAUCUCAAUUUGAAUAUACAACCCUUAUUCAGACAAUCAGAGUACCCACGAGAGUUGAUUGGAAAGUGACAAACUAUCAGUGCAUUAGAUCCUCAACCCUUAUACAGACAUUCAAACUA